CAGAUAUGUCAAUUAUCAAUCUAUCACCUUUUCCGAAAAAAUUAAAAAAUCAUCAAUCUAUCAUUAUUAACAAACAAAAAAACAAUCCUUCAAAAGAAAUAUAUCAUUGUAAACAAUCGUAGUACCUUAAUGCCCUUGGGCGUUGGGAAUACGUAAUUUGGCUAACUGUUUCUACUCUUAAAUUAUAUCCUACCAACCAAGUGACCUUAGUAUAAUGGUUGCUCACUUUGUCUCUGGACCAAUUGAUAGGAGUUCAAUCUUCAAUUUUUGGGAAUGGAAAGAGAUUUUGACAAGCUUUUUACCCUUAAGUGGAGCACCCGGGGUCUCCUCAAUUAAAAAAAAAAAAAAAAGUGAAGCCUCUCAAAUAAGAGAAUUAGUAAGUGCUAUUGACAGCGGAUACCUUGGUAGAUAAAAAAAAAAUUAUAUCCUACUAAAAACUAGAAAGAGAAAGACGGAGUAGUACUCUAUAUAAAACAGGCGUUAGGUGGAAAGCCGCCUUGAAAUUAGAGCUACAAGUUGUAUAAACAAAACAAUGUUUUCAGUUCAAUUUAUAGAGCUUUGGUGAUUUGCCCAUUACUCUCCAUUUCCAGUUUUCCACUGUCGUUCAUGUCAUCGCACCUACGCAUUGGUGCACAUUAAGCUAAUGACUUCUAUACAUGUCUUAUUUCUUCUCUGCUGCUACUUUAGCACCUCAUGCAUAGCCAUCAACAACAUCACGUCAUCAACUUUCCUACAAGAUUCUGAUACUAUAGUGUCUAACAAUGGCAACUUCACUUUGGGUUUCUUUAGUCCCUCAAAUAGCACGCACCGAUAUAUUGGGAUUUGGUUUAAUAAGGUAUCAACAAAUGAUGUAUUUUGGGUGGCAAACCGAAAUAACCCACUUAAUGAUUCCUCCGGUAUCAUGAAUAUAUCUGCAGAUGGAAAUCUGCAAGUAUUGAGUGGGAGAAAUGACAUCCUUUGGUCGUCAAAUUUAUCCAUUCCUUCAGCUAACACCUCUUUCUCAGCACAGCUUUCAGAUGCUGGCAACCUUGUUCUGUUAGCACACAACUCGACAGAUAAUUCUGAUGCCAACGGCACUAUUGUAUGGCAAAGUUUUGAUCAUCCUACAGAUUGUAUCAUGCCAAACACACAGUUAACUAUUACUAGUUCUAAUAUGAAAAAUGCUUUAAAACCAUGGAAGAGCCUUUCGGAUCCAUCAUUUGGAAGAUAUUCUCUAGGAACUGACUCUUUUACUCACUCGCAAGUGGUUAUUUGGGAUGGUGAUCGUAUACAUUGGCGUAGUGGUCCUUGGAAUGGUAAUAUCUUUCUAGGAUUGUUGUAUACUGAUGAAGCUACAAACUAUGCCAACACUUUUAUUCGCCAAAAUGACAGAGACAGGACAGUUGAUAUUGUCUAUACUGGUGCAAGUACUCUGGCCUUUUCACACUAUGCAUUAACCUACGAUGGAACAAUAAGUGAGAAAUGGUGGGAUGGAGAGAAAUGGCAGUAUGUUUGGGGGGCCCCAGCAGCAGAAUGUGAUUUGUAUGGUUAUUGUGGAGCAUUUGGAUCCUGUAGUUCUUUAAGAUCUCCUGUUUGUAAAUGUUUAAAAGGCUUCACACCAAACAAUCCAGAGGAAUGGAGGAGCAGAAACUGGACUAAUGGGUGUGUUAGGAGGACAUCAUUGCAAUGUGGCAUUGAAGGUAGUAAAGAAGAUGGGUUUUUAACAUUAAGGAAUGUUAAAAUACCAGACCACACAGAGUGGUCAGUGGGAGUAAAUCAGGUUGAUUGCCGAAGCCAAUGUUUAACUAAUUGUUCGUGUUUAGCUUAUGCUUAUGACGCUGGUGCUGGAUGUAUGUACUGGAGCAGAGACUUGAUCGAUAUUCAAGAAUUUACAAGUGGAGGGUUGGAUCUUUAUCUUCGUCUUCCACAUUCAGAGCUAGGUACCAGUAGCAGGACAAAAGUUAUUAUCAUAGUUCCAGUUAUUGUUGGCAGUAUUGCAGUAGCUGCUUCCAUAUACUUUCUGUGGAGAAUCAUAACUGAAAGAAAAGUUCGAAGGAAGAAAGAAGGGCUAGAGAAUUUGGAGUACGGUGACAAUAGGCACCAAGUUCAACUCAAAGAGUUACCACUGUUUGAAUUCAGAAAGCUUGCAAUUGCAACUAAUGACUUCCAAGAUGUUAACAAACUUGGACAAGGUGGUUUUGGGCCAGUCUAUAAGGGAAUAUUGGAAGAUGGACUACAAAUAGCAGUUAAAAGACUUUCUGUUGCUUCUGGACAAGGCUUAGAAGAGUUUAUGAAUGAAGUAGUGGUUAUCUCUGAACUUCAGCACAGGAAUCUUGUAAAACUUCUAGGUUGCUGUGUACAAAAUAACGAAAAAAUGCUGAUAUAUGAAUACCUGCCUAAUAAGAGCUUGGACUUCUUUCUUUUUGAUCCUGUCAAGCGAGAACUUCUGGACUGGCAGAGGCGUUUCACCAUCAUUGAAGGCAUAAGUAGAGGCCUUGUAUAUCUUCAUCGAGAUUCUAGAUUAAGGAUUAUUCACAGAGAUCUUAAAGCAAGCAACAUUUUGUUAGAUGAGGACCUUAACCCAAAAAUUUCAGACUUUGGGAUGGCUCGUAUCUUCAGUCAUAAACAGAAUGUAGAUAAUACUAGAAGGGUAGUUGGAACAUAUGGGUAUAUGUCUCCUGAAUACGCAAUGGAAGGUCACUUCUCUGAAAAAUCUGAUAUCUACAGCUUUGGCGUGCUGCUGCUAGAGAUAAUGACUGGAAAAAAGAACAGUAGCUUUUCGUUUGAGGAGCAUUCACUAACCCUUCUAGGAUAUAAUUAUGCGGGAUCACAAAGGUUAUCAAUUUUUCGAAUACGGUCAGAUGAAUCCGACGGAAAUCAUCCUCACGACUACAAGGGAUUGUUAGAUCGUCUCUCCAACAAGGCUGUAUUUUCCAGCGAUAUAAGCGGGAGAUGUUCCACAUUGCAAGAUUUGUUUGACGAUCGUAGUUUUUAUGAAGGAAAUUUUUGUUUGAUUCAACUUAUGUAUUUGUUUGAUUCGAUUGCUUAUGUAGAUGUCGUAUGACUUUUUAUUAAUGAAUUAAUUUUA